AUGAUGGCAUCUGCUCCUUCAGCUCAGGAAGAACCCCUACAGCCAGGGACGAUGCAAUUCAGGAAGCAGCUUGCUGCUGCCGUGAGGAGCAUCAGUUGGACCUAUGCCAUCUUUUGGUCCAUUUCAACUACUCGUCCAGGAGUCCUGACAUGGAAUGACGGGUUCUACAACGGCGAGAUAAAGACAAGGAAGAUAGAGAACAACCUAGUGACGGAGCUCACAGCUGAGCAGCUCCUCCUACAGAGAAGCGAGCAACUGAGGGAGCUGUACAACUCUCUCCUCUCUGGUGAGUCUGCAGACCAACAGAGGAGGAGGCCUGUCACUGCACUAUCGCCGGAGGAUCUCGGCAACGUAGAAUGGUACUACGUUGUCUGCAUGACCUACGCCUUCCGCCCUGGACAAUGUGUGCCAGGUAAAAGCUUUGCAAGCAAUGGAUGUGCCUGGCUGUGCAACGCUCAGUCUGCCGAUAGCAAAGCCUUCCCGCGCAAGCUCUUAGCCAAGAACGCUUCUAUUCAGACAAUUGUCUGCGUUCCAUUCAUGACUGGCGUUCUUGAGCUUGGGACCACUGAUCCGGUUUCGGAGGAACCAAACGUGGUAAACCGAAUCACCACGGCUUUCUGGGAGCUUCAGCUUCCGGCAUGCUCAGACGAGCCAAUUAGCUCCGGUACCCCUUCUUCCCCAUCAUCGCCGCCGACGAAAGAAACUGGAGACGCCAACACCGUGGUCAUCGACGACCUCUUCCUCGCCCACAGCGAUGCGAUACUACCAGCAGGAGGAGAUCAAAAAGAAGAACAUCAGCUAGGCGACGACCUCGGGCAACAACAAGCAGCCACCGCCAUGGAGAUCGACGACGAUGUGAUCUACAGCCUGAUCAGGAACUGGGAUAACGACAGCAGCAGCAGCUGGAUCGAGCUCCUGGACCACGCCAUUGUCUCUCCCGCCUCGUGCUUUGUGCCUUGGAAGAGAACGGAGCUGGACAAGGAGGCGGUGGCCGGCGGGGAGGCGGCGCAGAGGUUGCUGAAGAAAGUCGUGGGCGGCGGCGGCGCAUGGAUGAAUCGUGCCGCUGGUAGCUGCAGCAUCAAGAACCAUGUCAUGUCCGAGAGAAGGCGCCGGGAGAAGCUGAAUGAGAUGUUCCUCAUUCUCAAAUCACUGGUCCCGUCCAUCGACAAGGUGGACAAAGCAUCCAUCCUUUCAGAGACGAUAGCCUACCUCAAGGAGCUGGAGAGGAGGGUGCAAGAGCUCGAGUCCGGGAAGAAGGUGUCUAGGCCGGCCAAGAGGAAGCCAUGCUCAGAGACGAUCAUCGGUGGUGGCGGCGGCGGCGGCGGUGCUGGAGCUGUUAAAGAGCACCACCACUGGGUGCUCUCCGAGUCCCAGGAGGGCACCCCAAGCGACGUGCGUGUGAUCGUCAUGGACAAGGAUGAGCUGCACCUCGAGGUGCAGUGUCGGUGGAAGGAGCUGAUGAUGACAAGGGUGUUCGACGCCAUCAAGAGCCUCCGUCUUGAUGUUGUCUCGGUGCAGGCGUCGGCACCGGAUGGUCUUCUCGGACUGAAGAUACGAGCUAAGUAUGCCAGUUCUGCCGCCGUGGUGCCUGCGAUGAUCAGUGAAACUCUCCGGACAGCCGUAGCAGGCUACUAAUGUUGACUAUUCAGAGCGUUGUGGCGUUAAUUUGUAUUGGUCUGCAUUAAUUGUAUUGAAAAUAAAGAAUAAAUAAUUGUAUUGA